UGUCAACAGUCAACAUAACCUAUAAUAUUUUGAUUGUUUUUGUUUUUUAGUUUUUCUGUUUUUGAAAUGUUUAUUAGGUGUAUAUUCAUUCAGUUCAGUUUAGUUUAUUUUCAAAAAUGCAACAAGCUAUUGAAACUAUCAAUCUACCCAAAUCCAAGUUGGAAAAUCUACGAAAAUCUGGUCAAUACUUUUGCGACGACUUGACUGAAGCAUCCCUAAAAACUUUAUCUAUAAGUUCACCAAAACCCCAAUCAAAUAAAAACACGACCACAUCAUUAGAGUUGUUGGAGGAAGAAUUGUUGAACGGAUGUAUUUUAACUUACAAUACUGAAUUGGACAAAGUUUUAAGUGAUGAAAUUGUCCCUAAAAGAAUUACUGAAUUGGCAGGAUUCCCUGGAACUGGAAAAACACAAAUUUGUUUUCAGUUAUGCAUUGCUACCCAAUUACCAAAAAGCCUGGGUGGCUUGGAAGGCAAAGUAAUCUACAUAAACACAAACAAAAAUUUUUCGUCAAAUAGAGUAAGGGAACUUACCAGAAACUUUAUAAAGCAAAUCAGUAAAGUUUCUAAAAAUAAUCUUUCCGAAGAAGAGAUUUUAAAAAAUAUUCUUGUUUUCAACAACCCUAAUGUUUUUGAGAUAUUUGCUACAGUAAAAUACUUGAAGGUGUUUUUAAAAGACAAAAUGGUCAAAUUAUUGAUAAUUGAUAGUAUCGCUAGUCCAUUGAGAGAUAUAGAAUUAUCAGAAAGGACUUAUCUAACUUAUCAACUGCUAGAAGAGUUACAAGAGUUAGCGACAGCAUUUGAUUUUGCAAUUGUUGUCACUAAUGAAUUUACCACCAGAGUCAGAGACAGUGAGGCAUUUAACACACCAUCAUUGGGAGAUAGCUUUUUCGACAGAGUUAACUCACGAAUAUGCCUGUCAAGGCAUAGUGAGAAGAAUUUUUAUGUAGCCGAGUUGACUAAAAGUCCAGUAAAAGAUCUUGUUAAAGCAAGCUUUUGUAUGUUUGAAUGAAAAGUUAAACCUAGAGAUUGAAGUUUACUGGACAAUAGAAAGAUAGAAAAUGUGCGGAUAUAGAAAACAUUGCUCAUACAAGCAAUAGAACAUUAUAUUUUUCAAAAUGCAUCUUCAAGGUCGUCUUCUUUUGAUUAUUAAAGGCUGAUCGGCCGAAUUUAAUUAACACCAUAAAAUACAAAUAGUCCCAUUAUGUUAAAGGCUUGUAAAAUCUUUGAACAAAUUGGGUCAGGUUUAAAACUUGACCUGGUCCUUUACAUUGGUCCAUUUGAAUGUAUUCUUCCAGAUUGUGAA